AUUCCCACUCGGAUAUCCGAUUGGGACGUUCGCCUUUGCCUUCUGUGUUGAGACGAUAAUAAUAGUCUUUAAAUAUUUGAGACUAAAGAUUGUGUACAGUUUUAUUUGGACCGUCAGUUUUUUUUAAUCUAAUUAUUAUAACCAUGAAGGCGUUUGUGAUCGGCUUUGUAAUGUUCUUGAUCGGGACAGCGCUCACAGACAUAGCCAGCGAAUGUAACCUGGCUGGGUUUUAUAUGGAGCUGGGCUGCACGCCGAUACCCAAUGCUGACAACAGCACCAAGUGCCCCGACGCCUUUACGUGUCCAGACUUACAUCCGGACCCUAGCAUGUGCUAUUACAGGGGUGUCCCAUAUAGAGAUCGCACUAUGAUUCCGCAGAAUAUGAUCAAGAACCCUUGUUCCCUCGCGUGCCAAUGCAGUGUGUCCGGCAAGCCGAGGUUCGACUGCGCCGCCGUUGACUGUGUGGAGACGUUCGACACGGAUCUACAACAGCAAUGUAUCAAUACAUACGAGUUAGGCUCAUGUUGCAGUUCGGGAACUGUGUGUGGUAAAGAUGCGAUAGCGAGCUUGAAAACCUGCGAAGUGGACGGACAAACCUACAGAGAGGGUGAAUCGUUUGAGCCCAAAAACAGCCGUAAAACUUGUGUCUGCACUGCGCAGUGGAACGGGACCCUGGACGACCCGAAAAACUGCCGGGAUAUCAACUGCGGUAUCGAGAUACAUUACCAGGACAAGUUGUUCCAGAACUGCGCGCCCAUCUUCUUGGGGAGCGACGCCUUUUGUCCAAUCGCUUUUACGUGCCCAACAAAUACGUCAAAAGUGAUCCGCGGGCUCAAUUUACGUGCAGUGAGUGCGGAAUGUGUUUUCGGGAACGUCACUCUAUCGGUUGGAGACGAGGUGACAGUUGACGAGAAAUGUACCAAAUGUAAGUGCAAUGUACCACCCUUCGUAUCGUGCACCAAGAAGAACAGCUGCAAUGAAUAGUUUCACCUAAUUCUUAAGGGAAAAGUUUAUGUGUGUGUGAAAGGACCGAAAUAUGUUUUAUUAAACAUUACGUUAUAAAAAUGUUAAGUCUUCAAUAAGUUUAAUUGUGAAACUGUUUUGUUAUUUGGAAGUAAAGACUAGAAAUUGGUUGGGGGGUGACUCGAACUUUAGGCCUAGUCAGUUUGAAUAGCCUAUCAUUAGAGGAUGUCAUGGGGGUCAUGGUUGAAUAGGGGCAAAAUGUUCUCAUUAAACUCCUGGAGGUCAAAAUGGCCAAAAACCAAAAAAAAAUUCUUAUUUCGGCUAUAACUCCGCUUCCUUCGGAGGUGCUUACACAGUCUUUACUUCCCGCAUCCCACUAGUUAAAUAAGUAUAGGAAUGUUAAAAGAAACAAGUUCAGACCAACAAAAAAGAUGAUGGAGCGCUGCGUACACUUUAAGUUUCUGCGUAUUGUUAGUAACUAUUAGUUUAUCUGUGGUAUUAUAAGAACAUACGCACUUACGCAAACAUAUCUAAAAUCUUUUGGCAGCAGUGAACUUUUACAGGCUGUUUAAAAAAAAAGUUGUGUGCCUGGAAUGCGUGUUAAAAAGUAUUGUUACGGUAUCACUUCAAAAAUUUACGCAGUGCUUUGUCUAGUUUUCUUCUUUUUUGGUCUGAGUUACAAGACAACAAAUUAUAUGAAAAGGGUGUAAAAUGAAAAAAUACAUUUUGAAUUAAAAUUUUUAAUAAAUUUAUUUUAUUUAAAAAAGGUCCUUAAUACUAUAUUGAUUUACAUUGUUUUAUUACAUUGUAAUAAUGAUUAAUUAAAAAUCCUUUAAGUUUUUUUUAUUAAAGAGUACAUAAUAUUAUGUUACACGAAAACAUUUUUUCAAAAAUAUAGGAAUCGAAAAAAAGCCCCUACAUAAUUAUAUAAAGUUAGGUUUUAUUUUAUGUAUAAUAAGUACUUAAUAAUACGUUUCUAUUAGGUUAUAUUUAAAUUGUAAUAAUUAUUAAUAAACAUUACAAAGCUACACAAAAUAAAUGUAUAAACUUAAAACUAUUAGGGAUAUUUACAAUUAUGUACAAAGCACACAGCCUUAAGAGGAAUUUUGUAAAUUAUGUUUAGCUAACUUUGCUUAAACUUACAUAAAUUUUGUGACGACUUCUUAUCUAUUUACGUACUUAAUAAUUAAUAAAGCAAUUGUUAAAUGCAUUUUAAAUGUUCUAUAUUUAAUAAUAAUCUCUUGAACACAUUUUAUCAUUGUUAAAGUUAUUUAAAAAUUAAGUUACAAAAAUAAAAUUUGUAGAUCUUAUACAUAACUUUUAUUUAUUUACCUAGGAACGUUAAGUGUAUUGGCAGUAUUUUGACUAUUCAUAAAUGUUAUAAUAUAAUAAAGCUAUAUAUAG